CCUCAUGAGAGUGACAUCGUCUUUAAACCCAGUGUGGCAAUCCCUGACGCACUGCUGUGAUGCCCAGGGAAGACAGGGCGACCUGGAAGUCCAACUACUUCCUUAAGAUAAUCCAACUUCUGGAUGAUUAUCCAAAAUGCUUCAUCGUGGGCGCAGACAAUGUGGGCUCCAGGCAGAUGCAGCAGAUCCGCAUGUCCCUCCGCAGGAAGGGCGUGGUGCUGAUGGGCAGGGACGCCAUGAUGCGCAAGGCCAUCCAGGGGCAUCUGGAAAACAACCCAGCUCUGGAGAAGCUGUUGCCUCACAUCCAGGGGAAUGUGGGCUUCAUGUUCACCAAGGAGGACCUCACUGAGAUCAGGGACAUGUUGCUGGCCAACACGGUUCCAGCUGCUGCCCAUGCUGGUGCCAUUGCCCCUUGCGAAGUCAAUGUGCCAGCCCAGACCACUGGUCUGGGGCCCGAGAAGACCUCCUUCUUCCAGGCUUUGGGCAUCACCGCUAAGAUUUCCAGGGGCACCAUUGAAAUCCUGAGCAAUGUGCAGCUGAUAAAGACUGGAGACAAGGUGGGAGCCAGAGAAGCCACACUGCUGAACAUGCUGAACAUCUCCCCCUUCUCCUUCGGGCUGAUCAUCCAGCAGGUGUUUGACAACGGCAGCAUCUACAACCCCGAAGUGCUUGACAUCACAGAGGAGGCUCUGCAUUCUCGCUUCCUGGAGGGUGUCCGCAAUGUUGCCAGUGUGUGCCUGCAAAUUGGUUAUCCCACUGUCGCUUCAGUGCCACAUUCUAUCAUCAAUGGGUACAAGCAGGUCCUGGCUUUGUCUGUGGAGGCUGACUACACCUUCCCACUUGCUGAGAAAGUCAAGGCCUUCUUGGCUGAUCCAUCUGCAUUUAUGGCUGCCGCCCCCCCCGCUGCCAUCAAGGAAGUGCAGUGUCUUUUACACUGGAUUGGGCAUUAUGCUGUGAACCUGAAACUCUGCAAGGCCAGCUGGCAGAGUCAGCAAAUGAACCAAUCAAGAGAUACAGAAGAGUAG